AUGAUCUCUCUCAGACACUAAAAUGAAGACUCAUUAGUACUCAAUGAUUGUGACUAAUUAUCAAAUUCCUUUCUCUUUUUCAACCAAGCUACUUAAAGCUAAGAAACGAAUGCCACUAUCUCAAAAAAUAUACAAAAAAAAACACAUUCAAGAAGAAAAUGCUUUAUUUAUGGAGACAAAGACAGGAGCAGUGCACUUUACAAAUACAUAAAAGAGAAGUAAAGAAGCUAUUUGGAUUCAAAUGGGAAAGCUUUAAACUCUAUAUUUUAUCCAGAAGAAGAUCGAAUACUGUUACUUCUUGUCAAAAAAUUAGGACCCAAGUUUUCAAAGAUCACUAAGUACUUCCCCGGAAAAACAAUGAAUAUGCUAAAGAAUCGAUAUUAUAAAAAUCUCAAAAACUCAGAAGCCUCAAUGAUCCCAAAAGAAAUUGAGGAAGAACUUGCAGUAUAAGUCAAAAAAAAAAGAAUUAUGGGGAAAAAGAUCAUUAAAACCUGGCCUGAAGAAUAAAGGAUUUCAGCCUUAAUUGAUAAUAGUGAUCUUUUCCCAGAAGCUAAAGAAAAGAUUUAACUAUUAUUAUAAGGAUUUACUUAAAUAAUUGCAAAUUUAAUGAAAAAUAUAUGA